AUGUUCGACAAUGACGAAUGGAUCGAAAUUCUUCUCUUUUUGAAGUAAGUUCGCCUAAAACCCCUAAAGCUCACCGAACCAUUCAGCUCCUACACCGACUACAUUUCCAAAGCCAACCUCAUCAUCUGUUUCAUCGGACUUUUCGCAAACACUUUCCACUUUUUGGUGCUAACGCGAAAAUAUAUGCGCAAACUGUCGAUAAACACUUUCCUAGCGGCCAUUUGCUUUUGUGACAUGACCGUCAUGAUUUGUAAUAUUAUCCUCGCGGCACCGUACUACUUUCGAAUCAAACUGGAAGGAACUCCGUUUGAGUGGUAAUGGAAAUGCAAUCGCACGGCGACCAAAAACGUAAAAAGGGGCGUGGGGCCUAGCGCGUGCACGGUUUAUCACCAUUUUGGCGCGAAAUUCGAAAUUUAACCCCAUUUUUCAUGUUUUUCGUCAAAAAUUACCCAAAUUUUGUACGAUUUCGACGAUGUAAUUGCAUAGCAUUGUUAAACUAAUCAUCGCGCACUUUUUGAGCUUAAAACGAGCAGGUUUCAUUCAGAGAAUGAAUCAAUUGAAUCGAUUUUCAAGUUUUGUGCUGAAAAUGCGCGAAUUUCAGUCAUUCGCCGAUACUUUUUGCCGUUUGAACGCUUAAAAUACUUGUAUUAACGUGCUGAAAAUUCCGAAAUUGCGGCGGCGUUUGGCCGCGGAGAGCGUAUUGCGAAAUAUGCCAAAAACGUCUCAAAAGGCGGCGUUUUCACGAAAAUUUCAAUGUUUUCUCACUUUAAUGUCUCUUUUCUCGUCGAUAUCAAACACACAAAAUAUCGGAAAAGUGUGCUGGAAUUGCGGCAAUUUUCAGAAAACGCGUCUCAGAUUAGGCCACGCCCCUUUCUACACUUUUGGUCGCCGUGAAUCGUUUGAAGCAAGACAAUAAAUAUUGUUCAGUAUUCCGCCAAUCUCCUAUUGGAUGAUGUUGUUCACCAAAUUCAUCUACUCCUUCUUCCUCUUCCUCCAGUGCUGUUCGAUUUGGUACGCGGUCAUCAUGGCCGUUUUCCGGACUGUCAUUCUCAAAAACUUGAUGAACCCGAAGUGAGUCAAAACUGACAGAACAGGAAGAGGUGACGCUAGAAUUGCAGAUACAAUCGUCUCUCACAAUCGCGGUACGGCAUCCGAGCCGUCCUCUUAGUGACUCUGAUCAUUCUCCCAUUCUGGUUCCUCUCGUUCGCCGCCACCGAUAUCAUUACACUUAAAGUUGUGUGGGUGGCGCCGAAAACGUGUUCGAAUCUUCCGGAAAACUAUACGCAAGAGCAGUACGCAUUCGAGUUCACGAACGUGUUCAAUCAGAAUUACGAGUACGAGAACAAGAUGAUACUGCUCUAUCAGGGACUCCUGUUCAAACUGUUGCCCUCCGCCAUCCUGCCCGUCGCCACGUGUCUUCUUCUCUGGGAAAUCGGAAAAGCAAAGAAGCGGGUGGGCGCAAAGGUGACGGAAAGUGAAACUGAGAGCGGGACGAGACGGACGAAACUCGUCACCUUCAUGACCGUAUCCUUCCUGCUCACCGUACUUCCACUCGGACUACUGUACCUGGCUCAAGUUAUUGUCUACGAUAAUAUUACCCUGACGUGAGCACAGUAUGCAAUCGCAUCCCAUAGACAACUCAUCAAUUUCAGCACGAUACUCGGCAUUUUCACGUCCAUAUUUCAAGUGUUGAUGGUGUUAAAUGGGACCACCCACAUGCUCAUCUGCUUUUUUCUCUCUUCUCAAUAUCGGAAAGUGGCCAAGAAAAUGCUCGGAGGGUUCAGAUGA